UGUAACUUUGCCAAUUUUGUAGUUAAAAAAACUUGUACCCGAAUUUAUAGAAAAAAAUCGAAAUUGCCAUUUAAUAGAAGUAAGUUGUACUGCUCAUGCCAGUGUAUCAGUGUUAAAAAUUUGAAAUUAGUAUAUUUCGGUACUCCUUAUCACCUCCCGAAAAUUCCCUUUCAAUUCAAGGUCAUCCAGUUUAAAUAUUAGAUAGUACUUCAUAUCGCGAACAUACUGUAGGUAUGUUGUUAACAAUUUAAUUUUUAAUUUUGAAGUUUUCAAAUCGCAAUAAAUUAUAUAUUGUUAACGAUAUACAAAAAACACGUUUUAAAAUAUAUCGGUUCUCUCAUAUAGGUACUUAUUAGCGAAACUUUCAUCACUUGAAAUAUCUAAAUAAGUUUUACCUUUUUAAUAUUUAAUAAUUUUUAGUCUAACCAGGACCUUGUUUCACAGAAUUUGUAUGAUUUUCUAUAGGUUUAUCUUUUACAUUUAUGUACGUGUUUUAUUUUAGUCAUGAUUUCUGUUUUCAAACUGUUUAAAUGCUACGGGGCUUACUAUAGAAUCAAUACAUUUUAGGAUGGUGCAUUAUGGCACUCUUCUGGCACCAUCAUCACUGUAACUUUUACUGGUCAAGUAAUUUAAAUUAAUUUACUACGAUCGCCAUUUUAGAAUUUCUUAUUAUGAGUAAAAAUAGAACUUUUUAAAAUUAUAACCGAAUAAUCUAUUCAAAUCUUCUAUUCUAUGCACACGGCGUCUACUACAAAAUAGUUUUAGGAGAAAUAUGCAAUUUGAUUGAGAGCACUACAAAAAUGUAUUAUAGGUACAAAUCUAUUUAUUUUUUUGGGAUGGUUUGUACUAUAUUUGACGAUUUAUAUAAGCUGACCUUGGGGAUAUGUAUACUUUUACCCUGUUCAAUGCAGCUAUAUAAAGCUCACUGGUUUCAUAGAUCACUUUACUAAAAGGGCUCUCCUAGUUCGUCACUACAUUCCUAUAUUUUAUUAAAUACAAAUCCCCACCAGUUAAAAAUGUUUAUGGUGGGGCGUACUUAGAGAGGGAGAAGGGAACAUAAUACAGAUUCGCUGUUACACAUAUAGAACAACAACAGUCCAGGAUCAGCUGCUAUCGCUGUCAGUGGUGCCUUUCAGAUUGUUUAUUUUAUUCGGAGGUAAUUAUAAAACUUUUUUUUUUCUAUUAUUAUUUUAUCCUAAACUAAAUACAUACUAUUUAUUAUCUUUAUUAUUAAAUAAUAAUGUUUCUUAUUAUUGUCUUAACUUGUGUUAAUCGCAAUAUUUAAAAAUGACACGUUUAAUCGAUUAAAAUUAUUAUUUAAUCGGUUUUAAAAGUAUAAAUGUAUAACAAUUUUAUUAACUCUUAUUAUCUGUAUAAUAUAUAAUAUUACAAUAUGUAGAUAGUAUAACUUUUUGUCUGUAAAAAACAAGCCGUUUUCAGUAGGUAGGUAUUAGACGCUACGAAAUAUUAUAAGUUCAAAUAUCUCAUACUUUUUUUAAUACUUUAUUUUAAAUAUUUUAAACGUGCGAUUGCCGUUAAAAACCAAUAUUAUAUAGGUACUAUUAUGUAGCAAUUUUUUUUUAAAAUCUGCAACAUUCAUUUAAUAUUAAAUAAACUCGAUCGGAUGACUACAGUUUUUCAAUUCGAUUUAAUAUAUCUAAAUGCUUACACUAUAUGCAGUAUUUCAAAUUUUAAAGGUUUACAAGUAAUUUUUUCUUACAAACGAUUGACCGUUUUUUGAUGGUUGCCUGGAUGCAAAUAUAGUUUAAAUUCGUCACAAAGCGUGGGCUCGUGCAAAAAAAUAUAUUAAUAUCAUGUUCUCGGAUAUUUCUAUAUUUAAGAUUUGGCGUUGACAUCAUUUGCCGUCAUUCAUAAACGCUGUAACACGAUACAAUACUAAUUACUCGAUUGAUAUCUUCGGUGAAUACCGAUUUUCAACAAUUUAAUAUAUCUACUUACCGAAUUUUCGUUGCGUUCUAAAAAUCGAUAUGUACCCUUAGGAUAGGUACUUACAUACCCAUAUCGCGAGUCGAUAACUCAUCGGCUGUAAUAUUAUCGCUAUACCCGUUUGGAAUUUGGAAUUUUUUUUUCUCUCUCUCAAAUACGAAAUAAAUCCGUUAUCGGUUGUAACAAUAACAAUAUAAUAUUAUCGUGGGAGCGAUGUAAAUCAACAUAUUGUAUUAUUGGCAAUAAUGAUUGUUGCGUUAUUGUUAAUAUACACCCGCUACAUACCCGCGAUGAUUGAUUCGCGCGAUUUGCGUCGUUUUAAUAUUAUUAUUAUUAUCGCGGUGUUAAUAAAAUUAAAAAACAAAUUUAGCGAGGAGAAAAUAAAAUGUAACGACCAGUGGGGGCGAUGAGGUGGUUGGUCGGAAUUUGGGUCGGUUGAGCGCAUACCGCAACGGCGGCGUACGACUAUUUUUAAACGUCCGCUGCGUGGUGCCGCGCGGCGGUAUCGGUUUACUCGCUGUAAAUGGCGGGUACCAGACUAUUUUUUUUAUUUUAUUUUUUUUUUUAUUUUAUACAUCGGCAUUAGCGACUUUGCUAUUUUUGUACGAUUCCACGGAAGCCUAUUUUUCUUCCGAAAUAGAUAACGGUGGAAAAUAAGAAGGGGUCAAUAUGUUACUAUAUUAUAUACCUACCUCUCUGAAUUACCUCCGGGACGGUAUUUACAGUCUUAAUAACAAUAUAAUAAUUAUUACACGUCAUUAUUAGUUUUAUAAAUAAAUAAUUAUUAUUGGGCAAUAAUUAUCGAAAAUAUUUUCAAUUUACUAGAUCGUAAAUAUUUAAAGCGUAGGUACCUAUAUAGGCAUACGUUCAUAAUAUUAUAUUAUACCUAGGUGCUUAAAAAUAUUAUACUCGAUGGUAUACAUUAAUUAUUGUUGUAUUGUUUAAAUAUUUCGUGAUCUUUAAAAAAUUAUACGUACGUAACGAUUUAUUACAACUACAAUAAUAAGUUUAAUAUAGUGUAUCCGUAAAUGACGCCGUAAAUAAAAUUUAAUUUAUCCAAAAACAAAUUAAAGACGAAUUUCGUUUAAAUAAUAAUUUCCGUAUUAAUUAAAACACACAUUGCAGGUAGUUAAAAAUCAAAAUUAUUUUAAUAGAUGAUGAACAAUGAUAUUAUCUAACAUUAAAUUAUAGCCAUCAUAAUUUACUAAUAUAAAUAAUAAUUCUUAGUUAUUUGUAUACUAUACAUGUAACUAUUUACAUUUAUAUUUUAAUAUUAGCACGGAUUUUUUUUUAAAUUUCUCUUUUGAUACAUUAAGAAAGAGUUUUGAAAACGGUUUUAACACUAAAAAUAUUUAAAAUAGACAUAUCGACUUGUUAGAUUUUACUUUUAAAACUUGUAAAGCGAACGUUAAAAUUACCCAUCAAUUCUGAGCCUAUAAAAAUAUUGGUGUAUACAUAAUAUAUAGUAUAUAAAUACUCAUCAUUCUAUAAAACUUAAAUAAGCAAUGGACUAAAAAGAAAAAAAAAUAUCAUGUUAAUUUAUUAUUUAUUGAUUUUUAAAUUGGACGUCAAAAACAAAUAUUACUUAAAGAGACAUGCGUGAUUUUAAAGUGUAUUAUUUAUUUGUUUGAUAAAACUAUUUGUUCAAUUGGGUCAAAAAUAUAAACAGAAAAUUAUCAUUGGUUUUAACUUAACUCUAAAAAUAAUACAAAUAACAAUUUUCACAAAAAAUAACUACCCGUUGAGCAUUUUAUGGUGUCAAACACAAUACAAUUAAUAAAUAAAAAUGAUAAGUAAAGCAAUUAUAUAAGAAUAUAAGUGAUAUUAUAUAACACUCCUAUUGUAUGUUUUUAAGCUUAAAAAAUCAACUAAAAAUGAGCUAUUAGGUACGAACAGAGAAGUUAAUUUUUUGAAAAAAAAAAUUUAUAAAAAAUGUAUUUAACCAAUCAUUAUUAUAGUUUAAAUAUAAUGGUUUAGUUGAGCAAAAUUCAGUGUAUCUUUAAUUAUGGUUGAUUCAUGUAUCUAAAUUUAAUAAAAAAAACACAGAUGUUAAAUUAUUUUAUAAAAUGUAUUUAAUAGUUUCUAAUGAAUUCUUUAAUUUUAUAUAAGUGGGGUGACAAAAAACAACUUCAAAAUGGACGCAAUUAAGAAGAAGAUGCAGGCCAUGAAAAUGGAGAAAGAUACCGCCAUGGAUAAGGCCGAUACUUGUGAAGGCCAGGCUAAGGACGCGAACCUCCGCGCAGAUAAAGUAUAAUCACUAUGACUACAAAAAUAUUGAAAAUAAAAUAUUAAUAUACAUUUUCGUUUAGGUAAAUGAAGACGUAAGAGAAUGUCAAAAGAAAUUGACUCAGGUGGAAAGUGAUUUAGAUACCAACAAGAACAAGUUGGAAGAGGCUAUCAAGCAAUUGGAAGAUAGAGAGAAGGCACUAACUGCGGUAAGUUAACAAUGCGAGUUGGUAAUUUUAAAAAAUAUGUUGAAAUAUGAUUUUAUUCAAAGGCUGAAAGUGAAGUAGCUGCUUUGAACAGAAAAGUUCAGAUGAUUGAGGAAGAUCUUGAAAGAUCUGAAGAAAGGUCCCAAGCUGCUUUGUCCAAAUUGGCCGAAGCUUCUCAGGCAGCUGAUGAAUCUCAACGGUAAAUUUUGUGUAUUAAUUUACUAACUAAAUGUUUAUUAUAUAUCAUAAUAUAUAAAUUGUAUUUCAGUAUGUGUAAAGUACUCGAAAACCGUAGCCAGCAAGAUGAGGAACGUAUGGACCAAUUGACUAACCAAUUAAAGGAAGCUCGUCUCUUAGCUGAAGACGCUGAUGGAAAAUCUGAUGAAGUAAGUAAAUGAUAAUCUAAUUACCUACGAAAUAUUAGAUUUAAAAAAAUAAAAUAUUCAAGGUUUCGAGGAAACUAGCUUUUGUUGAAGACGAACUUGAAGUGGCAGAGGAUCGAGUAAAAUCUGGCGACUCGUAAGUGAAGUUUUAUUAACUAUAAUUAUGCAGAAUGCAAUAUUAAUUAAAUUUAAAUCUUUAGGAAAAUCAUGGAAUUGGAAGAAGAAUUGAAAGUUGUAGGAAACAGUUUGAAAUCAUUGGAGGUUUCUGAAGAAAAGGUAAUUAGUUAGAAAGUAAUAAUAAAAUAGGGCUAAAUUCAAUAACUGUAUUUCUAGGCUAAUCACCGAGUGGAAGAGUACAAGCAUCAGAUCAAACAACUCACUGUAAAAUUAAAGGAGGUAAGCAUUUAAUUUUUUUAUAAAGUAUUUUAAUGAAAAAAAAAAUCAAAGUGCAUAUUUUUAUGUUUUAUGGUGUAAAUUUCAAUUUUUAUCAUAGGCUGAAGCUCGUGCUGAAUUUGCCGAGAAAACUGUCAAGAAAUUGCAGAAGGAAGUUGACAGACUUGAAGGUAAGUUCUACGGCUUAAUUUUUAAAAGAGAUAAUGUUAUUCAAAACAAUAUUGACAUUAUUAAUACAUUUUUUAAUUUAGCUCAAUGUUUAGUAAAUAUGUGCAGCUAUUUAUUUAUGCUUUGUUGUAAUUAUUGGUUUUUUUUCUUUAUCUAAUUGUUUAACAUUUUGACAAUCGGGGCUUUUUUUAUCAAUGGGUUGUUUAUGUUUGUUUGUACAAUAAUGUGUUGUUUUUCAGAUGAUCUCUUCAAAGAGAAAGAAAAAUCCAAAGAAAUCACGGAUGACUUGGAUUCGACAUUUGCUGAACUCACUGGCUACUAACCAAAUACAAAUUAUUCUGCAUAGCCUUCAUUUGUUUUCUUCUUGUUUUUAUGUUCGAGUUUUGUCAUAAACCAAUGUAGCUUUUUGUAAAAAUAAUGCUUUUUUUAAUUUUAAUUUUUUUUUUCAUUUAAUUUGCUUUUAUUUGUCAUUUUAAUAUGUUUUGUCUCCAGUUGUUGCUGUACAAAUUCGCUUCUAUUACUGCCAGGUACAACAAUAUAGUUUAGAAUUUAAAAAAAAAAAACAUUGACGUAUGAUAUAAAAUAAAGAUUUCUUAUCUUGCAUAAUUUAUUUUUACUGAUGACUUCAAUAUAUUUUGAUUUUUAUUAUUAAUGUAGUCAGAUAUAAUACUAAGUUAAAUUUGAAUAUGUGUUCUCUAGAAAUUUCUAAAUAAUUACAAUUUAAAAAAAAAAUGUGGAAGUAACUAAUGAAAAUUAAUAUUUUGUACUUUAUCCUAUUCUUCAAUGUUUUUUUUUUUAUUUAACAAAUGAAUAUACGUAUUAUAAUAUCUUUAAAAAUUAAAGAAAUCGGGUAUUAACUAUACAGUUAUGAUUGCAUCUAAAAUACACGUUUUAAAAAUGAUUGUAAUGUUUGUGGUCAAACUUGAUUUUUCAAUUUGCAUACUUUACCUAUGCAUUCAAAAUACUUUUACUUUUCAAAUUAUACAAAUGACGAAUAAUGAGAAUUUAUUAUUUUUCAGAUGAACUCGGCCUUAACAAAGACAGAUACAAGUCUUUGGCCGACGAAAUGGAUUCCACAUUCGCUGAAUUGGCCGGAUAUUAAUUCUCUUAAAUUAGCCACGUCAUUUUUAAAGGAGUUUACAUCUGAAGUAAAUAAUUACCCGAUGAUUUUAUUACCAAAUAAUACAUUAUCAUCUUUAAAUCCGUUAAUAAAUUGAAAGAACAUUACAAUAAAUUAUUAUAUUGUUAGAUUAUUUAUUAUUUGAACCAGUGCAUAAAUAUUUAUA